AUGGCGGGCGUACUUGGCGCAGAGGCAGUGACGGAGCUUGAUAAAAUUCGGUGCAUCGCCAAGGCGCUGGGAGACGCCCGACGCUCUGCGCACGCCUCCUUUAGCCCCGGCGAGGGCACUAUUGCGCUGUCGCAGGAGUCUGCCGAGGACACCGCGGCCGUCCUACGCGAUGUAGGGGCGGAGCUGGCUGCCGCUGCGGAGGGGCUCGCCACCGCCGUUGAGGCUCAACUGGCCGAGUUUUUCAACUACAUGAGGGAGAAGGAGGCUUCGGCCGUCGUCGCGGUGCUGCGCACCCGCAGCGUUGUGCCGGACGGCUUUAAACUAGUGCUUCAGGAGGAUUUCCAGGCGGCAUGUGCCACGGCCUCGUCGUGCAGCUGCGAGGCGCCUCAAACGUCUGCUGGUAACUUGCCGCAAAACAUCACGUCGCCGACUAGCCAGCGGCCACAGCUGCGUGCGGCGGCCUCCUCGCUGCAGACAUGUUUAUUUCUAAUGCUGGAGGCGCUGCUUGCGCGCGUCAGAGCCACCCGCGCAGCGGUGUAUCUUGAGGACUCCCCCGAAAACCCUCACGUGCUCUGCCGCGUGGCGCAGAUCUGCGCCGAAGACACUCUGCCGCUUGAGGUCAGCUGCACCAGCAACAACAUGCUUGUCACCGCCGUGCGGGGGGGGAUGGCCAUAAACUUCGACAACGGCGGCACGCCCCCUGACAACGACGGCAGUAAGUCCCCGCACCGCGUUGAAGAAAAAGUGCGUCGCCUCUUGCGGGUGCGAAGCGGCAUCAUCGUGCCCAUCGGUAACUACGGCUGCGCCUUGGUGGCCGAGAAGGCGGCCGGGGAGCCGCAGCUUUUUACGCCGUUUGACGAGUACCAAGUCUGGGCCCUUGCCAGCCUCUGCGAGGGCAUCUUCCCGCGGUACGCGCGCGAGGCCUUUGUGAAGAUGCCGUGGCGCCCAGCCGUGGGAGAGCUGCGCCAGUGCACCUGCCUUCCGCCCCUCCCCAGGCCGCGCCGAUGUGGAGACCCGCCGCGGCCAGUUGCGGCCGCCUCCGCCGCGCCCUCCCUGGAGACGCUGCCGUCCGUGCCGAAGAGGCUCACCGUGCUUCGCGCCUCCGGCAACAAGGUGAGCAUCAUCGAGGACCCCGCAGGCCUCCCGCGAGUCCACCUGACGUUUGAAGGCCUCUUCCAAGAGGCGGCUGAGUACGUCAGAAACAUCGAGGAGCUCUGGCACAAGGCGGUGGAUGAGGUGAAUCAGCUAAAGAUUUGCCUGGACGAGCAGGUCCACAGUCUGGACGCCAAAACGCAUCAAAUCAUCGGGCUGGAGGGGGAGGUGCGCCGCCUCAACGGGCACCUUCUCAGCCUUCGGGGCACAGUGACAUCCUCAAAGCGCGGAAAUGUAACUUAG